UGUCGCUCACACCUCCAGCACUACUGACAUCUUCUUCCCAUCUUUCCACUAACGCACUUACGAACUACUUAACUUGAAAACGAAUUAAUAUCGCUACGAACGAAUAAAAUUUUAGGGUUGGUAAUUGAUAUAUCUGAAAAUCGGGGGUUUGUUGAUAAUCUCUUAUCGAAAUAACUGAUAGGAUCAAUAACUUAUUUAUUGUCGGCUGCCGACGAAUAUAAGCUCGGACGAAAGAAUAAUUAUAUUCUGAUCUGUGAUCUUCAUCGGUUUUUGUUCAAACCGGGAAGCUGUCACUAUGCGGUUGAUUUUGAACAAGCGGAAAACGGUGGCACUUUUGCUGCUGUUGGUGGCACUGGCUACAGCAGUUCCACAACAACCAACAGCAACCAAACAAGACUCUGCUAAUAAACAGGCACCAGUCAAGAAACAGACCCCAGCAACAAUAAAACAGGCAGCAACAGACCUAAAACAAGAAGCACCAACAGUAAAACAAGCAGCAGCGGCAUCAAACAAACAGCAAAACGCUAAGAAAGCAACCGUUGCUCCAGCACCGACAGCGCAAGAAAAGGUGCUGAUUAAAACAGGGGUUAAGGUCAACAAUGUCAACAACGCUACUGCAACUUUGCUACCGAAAUCCGGAAACCAACCCGCAGCUUUUACCGCUGAAAACAACAAAAACAAAAAAGUUGCUCUCGAAGCUAGUGAAAGUCAAAUUGUCACCAAGCUUCUCACUUUGAGAAACACGGCCUCCACACCAAAACCAAACCAAAAGAAAGAAGAGACGAAAACCGCCGAGGCCAAAUCUAGCAAUGCGAACGUCACCAGUACAUUAACAGCAAAUAACGCAACUGAUUCUAAAACACCAGCACCUGUUGCUGCAGCAAAUAAUGUUAAUCAGAAAACAAAACCUGCAGUGAAUCUUGCUACUGCAAAAGACUUGAAGCCAGCGGGGAGUCAGCAGUUUGUGACAGUUGUUGAACACGAUCUUCAAGCUGCUGCUGGAGGACACGGCCACAAGAGCAGCCAUAAGAGCGGGUUCGACAAGUCUUCAGGGCACAAGAGUGGCAAGGGCUUCAAGAGCGACAAAGGACACAAGUCUGGCCACAAAAGCGGUUUUGGCAAAGGCGGCAAGAAGGGUUUCUUCGACAAAGGCGGGAAAAGCGCCAAAGGCGACCACCACAAGAGCAACAAGCACGGCCACCACAAAAGCGGCAAGCACGGAGGCAAGAGUCACAAGAGCGGCAAGAGCAGCUUCCAUGACAGCGGAUUUGGCAAAAAGGGUUUCAAGAAGGCGCACCAUAAGGCCGAGGACGGUCUCAGCAAGAAGCACUGGGAUCACGCCGACAAGAAAGGCCAUCACAAGGACUGGGAUCACUUCGACUCUCACUUCGAGAAACACAAGGGCGGCGGAUUUGAGGGAAAAUCUCACAAGGGUCACAAGAAACACGACAAACACGGCAAGAAAGGCUUCUUCAAGAAAGGCGGCCAUCACUCCGACAAAAAAGGACACCACGGCAAAUUUGGCAAACAUUCUGACCACGGACACAAAUCCGGCUUCGGCAAGAGCAGUGGACACAAAAGCUCCCACAAGUCCAAACAUUAAGUCAUUUCCAUGCUGUGAAGAACCUCGACGCAUGAGAGAUAAUUUUUGCUCUGAUUUACGAAGUUUCAACAGAAGUCAUCUAAUUUUACAUGUGGGAGAGGCGUAUUCGUAAGUCCAAAUUUCACCUCAUAUGAUAUUUUGUUAUCCGAGCAAUAUGAAAAUUUUAAGAUCACCUUUCGUGAACAUGUGCAGUUCACAACAGCAAAGAUGCUCGAAAUUCAUUAGUAAAUUAAUUGAGCAAAAUUCCCGGUUUCUCGUUGAAGAAAAUAACUUACAUUCCGCACGAAUUUGAUAUCGCUACAAAUUUUGUUCUUUAUAUCUCGUAAUCUUCGCUUUCUUUGAUGCCUAAAUACUUGCUUCUACUAUCCCCCACUUGAUGCAGCCAUAAAAUAUGUUCGAAAAAUAUUUUCACAUUUGAUACCAAAGAAACUCUUUCCACUCCUCACAACGAAGCCCAUUUUGUGGUUUUCGUACAAAAUUUUUUGGCUCUUCACAUACGUUAAAAAACUAAAUCUUAAAAAACAAAGCAAAUUUCACACAUU